UCCUUUUCCACUCUUCCCACCCACUCCGUAACUUUGCCUUGCCAUGGCCACCAACUCCAUGGCUGGCUUGAUCACCGGUGCUCAUUCUCAUCUCUCACGUGACUCUGAUGAGCAUCAGGUUCCUACCCGUCAAGGUUCAUCAAAAACAUGUCGAGUUUGUGGUGAUGAGAUUGGAUAUAAGGAAAAUGGGGAGCGGUUCGUGGCUUGUCAUGUCUGUGGAUUUCCUGUUUGUCGACCAUGUUAUGACUAUGAGAGGAGUGAAGGGAACCAGUGCUGUCCUCAAUGCAACACACGCUAUAAACGUCACAAAGGUUGUCCUAGAGUGGUUGGGGAUGAGGAUGAGAACUCUGAUGCAGAUGAUUUUGAUGAUGAGUUUCAGAUUAAGAAUCAUCGUGAAGAUCUAGAUCGGCAAUAUGAUGUUAAUCAUGUGGAAAAUGGGGACUACAAUAAAGAGAAGUUGCAUCCCAAUGGUCAAGCUUUCUCUUCAGCUGGGAGUGUUGCUGGCAAGGAUUUUGAAGGGGACAAAGAUUUUUAUAGCAACGAAGAAUGGCAAGAAAGAGUAGAGAAGUGGAAAGUGAGGCAAGAAAAGAGAGGUCUUCUAAACAAAGAAGACGGAAAAGAAGACCAAGGUGAAGAUGAUGAUUACCUUUUGGCAGAAGCUAGACAACCAUUGUGGCGCAAGGUUCCAAUAUCUUCAAGCUUAAUCAAUCCAUAUCGCAUAGUAAUUGUGAUGAGGCUGGUGAUCCUUUGUUUCUUCUUCCGUUUUCGGAUCUUAACUCCAGCAUACGAUGCAUUUGCCUUGUGGCUUAUCUCAGUGAUAUGUGAGAUAUGGUUUGCACUGUCAUGGAUUCUUGAUCAGUUCCCAAAGUGGUUCCCCAUCACACGUGAGACCUACUUGGAGCGUUUGUCCUUAAGGUUUGAGCGUGAAGGGGAGCCAAACCAACUUGCUCCAGUUGAUGUGUUUGUGAGUACUGUUGACCCUUUGAAGGAACCUCCCAUCAUAACAGCAAACACUGUCCUUUCAAUCCUUUCUGUUGACUAUCCUGUUGACAAGGUCAGCUGCUAUGUCUCAGAUGAUGGUGCUUCUAUGCUUCUCUUUGAUUCUUUGGCAGAAACUGCUGAGUUUGCAAGAAGAUGGGUUCCCUUUUGCAAGAAGUAUAACAUUGAGCCAAGGGCUCCUGAGUUUUACUUCUCUCAGAAAAUUGAUUACUUGAAGGAUAAGGUCCAACCAACUUUUGUCAAGGAAAGAAGGGCCAUGAAGAGAGAGUAUGAAGAGUUUAAGGUGAAAAUUAAUUCUUUGGUGGCAAAGGCUCAAAAGAAACCAGAGGAGGGGUGGGUGAUGCAAGAUGGAACUCCUUGGCCUGGGAACAACACUCGUGAUCAUCCAGGAAUGAUUCAGGUGUAUUUAGGAAGUGCUGGUGCACUUGACGUGGAAGGCAAGGAACUACCGCGACUUGUGUAUAUUUCACGUGAAAAACGUCCUGGCUAUCCCCACCACAAGAAAGCUGGUGCCAUGAAUGCUUUGGUUCGAGUUUCUGCUGUGCUUACAAAUGCACCAUUCAUGUUGAAUCUGGAUUGUGAUCACUACAUCAAUAAUAGUAAGGCAGUAAGAGAGGCUAUGUGCUUCUUAAUGGACCCCAACCUUGGGAAGAAGCUGUGUUAUGUCCAAUUUCCCCAAAGAUUUGAUGGUAUUGAUCGCCACGAUAGAUAUGCUAAUCGCAACACUGUGUUCUUUGAUAUCAAUAUGAAAGGACUUGAUGGGAUUCAAGGUCCAGUAUAUGUUGGUACUGGAACUGUGUUCAAUAGACAGGCAUUAUAUGGCUAUGAUCCACCAGUGUCUGAGAAAAGGCCAAAGAUGACAUGUGACUGCUGGCCAUCAUGGUGUUGCUUUUGCUGUGGUGGUUCAAGGAAGUCCAAGUCUAAAAAGAAAUCAGGAAAAGGUCUCUUCAGUGUUUUCUCCAAGAACAAGAAGAAGAAAAUGAUGGGAAAAGACUAUGUUAGAAAAGGGUCAGGGUCCAUGUUUGAUCUUGAGGAGAUUGAAGAGGGGCUUGAAGGGUAUGAUGAGCUUGAGAAAUCAUCUCUCAUGUCCCAGAAAAGCUUCGAGAAGCGAUUCGGGCAGUCACCGGUUUUCAUUGCAUCUACAUUGGUGGAAAAUGGAGGACUUCCUGAAGGCACAAACAGCCAAUCAUUGGUUAAGAGACCUUUUCCUGAUUUCUUUUUAGACUUGGACUCUGUCACAGCAAAAGCAGCAGAAGACACUGAAUUUGGAGAGUUGUAUCUCUUCAAGUGGACCACUCUUCUCAUUCCACCAACCACUCUCAUAAUCUUGAACAUUGUUGGAGUUGUGGCUGGAGUCUCUGGUGCCAUCAACAAUGGAUAUGGCUCAUGGGGACCUUUGUUUGGGAAGUUGUUUUUUGCCUUCUGGGUCAUUGUUCACUUAUACCCUUUCCUCAAAGGUCUCAUGGGAAAGCAAAACAGGACUCCUACCAUUAUACAGAUUGGAUGGAUUUAUGGGUCAGUGACAGAAGAUAUUUUGACUGGAUUUAAGAUGCACUGCAGAGGAUGGAAAUCAGUGUAUUGCAUGCCAAAGAGAGCAGCAUUCAAAGGAUCUGCUCCUAUAAAUCUAUCAGAUAGGUUGCACCAAGUUCUAAGGUGGGCUCUUGGUUCUGUUGAGAUUUUCCUUAGUCGACACUGCCCCUUGUGGUAUGGCUAUGGAGGAAAACUGAAGUACCUAGAAAGAUUGGCUUACACUAACACCAUUGUUUAUCCAUUCACUUCCAUCCCUCUGCUUGCAUACUGCACAAUUCCUGCCGUGUGUCUCUUAACUGGAAAAUUCAUCAUCCCCACACUUACCAACCUUGCUAGCGUUUGGUUUAUGGCUCUAUUUAUCUCCAUCAUUUUAACUAGUGUGCUUGAGCUCCGAUGGAGUGGAGUGACCAUAGAAGACUUGUGGCGCAACGAGCAGUUUUGGGUGAUUGGAGGCGUUUCUGCUCACCUUUUUGCUGUGUUUCAAGGGCUCCUCAAAGUUCUUGGUGGAGUAGAUACCAACUUCACUGUCACAGCAAAAGCAGCAGAAGACACUGAAUUUGGAGAGUUGUAUCUCUUCAAGUGGACCACUCUUCUCAUUCCACCAACCACUCUCAUAAUCUUGAACAUCGUUGGAGUUGUGGCUGGAGUCUCUGGUGCCAUCAACAAUGGAUAUGGCUCAUGGGGACCUUUGUUUGGGAAGUUGUUUUUUGCCUUCUGGGUCAUUGUUCACUUAUACCCUUUCCUCAAAGGUCUCAUGGGAAAGCAAAACAGGACUCCUACCAUUGUAAUCCUUUGGUCAAUCCUUCUAGCAUCCAUUUUCUCUUUGAUUUGGGUCAGGAUUGAUCCCUUCUUGCCCAAGCAAACUGGUCCAGUGCUCAAACAAUGUGGAGUAGAAUGCUAAGUUUCUAUGGAGAAUGGAGAGGCAUGUGAAUGUCCCAACUUCAUUUGAUGAGUAAUGGCACUUGUAUGCAUGCUUUUUGUUGUUACUACUAUUGGGUGAAUUGCCUUAAUGAGAAGAUUUAUUUGGGUAGAUAGUUUUAAAGAAGAAAAUUGGGUCAAAUUGUAAUGUGUUCCUUUCAUGAUGAACAACCAUAUAUCAUAGCUGUUGUCAUUGUUUGAGAAAACAUUAUGAGUUUUGGGGCUAUUAGAUGAAUUUUCAUCUAUUGUUAAUUGAUUCUUGAAAAUUAGAGUCAGUUUUUUUUGCCAACUUGA